GGUCUCGCAAGCAAACUAGCCGCGGGUGGUGCUCCUCCUGGUGGGGCCCCUCCUGGUGCGUACGGACAGCAGCAGCAACAGCAGUAUGGAACCCCAGGUGGCCCGCCUCCUGGUGCCUACGGCCAAGCUCCCCCAGGUCAACAGCCCUACAACCCACAACAACCUCCUCCGCAAGGCGCGUAUGGUGGUGCUUACGGUGGUCAACCUCCCGCAUCAGCACCGCCUAGUGGACCACCUGGGCAAUAUGGUGGCGCACCUCCUCAAGGACCAUAUGGUGGAGCACCUCCUCAGGGCCAGUUUGGUGGACCGCCUCAGCUCAAUCCGUACGGUGGAGCACCCCCUCAAGGUCAAUACGGAGCACCUCCUCAAGGGCAGUACGGCGGAGCCCCCCAGGGUCAAUACGGAGCACCUCCUCAAGGGCAGUACGGCGGAGCACCUCCUCAAGGACAAUACGGCGCUCCUCCGCAACAGGGCGGAGAGAUGGGCGUCUCACGGAAUCCCCCGCAUCCACAGGCCGCUCAACGUGCCUUCCCAGUUAUUCUGAACAAGCUGAACUUCAUCGUUCAAAGCAAUCAAUUGGGCAACUUCUAUCCCCCACAAACGGUUCAACAAAUCGCAGACAGGGUCUCCCGCUCGGUGGACUUUGAUUACCUCACCGCUCAGUGGAAGCUCCAGACGCCGGAACUCGCGUACGACCUUGCAUCAUUGGCGCUGUAUGACAUUGUCAUUUACGCCGACGAUUCUGGAUCCAUGAUUGCCGCGGAAGGCGGAGAGCGCGUGGAAGACUUGAAUCUUAUCGUUUCGAAAGUCGCCGAGAUCUCAUCAUUGUUUGAUCAAGAUGGCAUCAGCGUCCGCUUCAUGAACAACGACCAGCAAGGCAACAACAUCCGCACCGAAGCCGAAGCCUCCAAACUAGUCCGUUCCGUCAACUACAUGGGCACCACCCCCCUCGGCACCAAACUCGACGCCAAAGUCAUCCAACCCAUCAUCGUGGGUCCCGCCCGCAAUAACUCCCUCCCUAAACCCAUCCUCGUUGUCGUCAUCACCGACGGCGAACCGGUCGGCGAACCCCGUUCCCAGAUCAACACCGUCAUUAGCGGCGCUAAACAGGCCCUCGCGUCGACCCGCUAUGGACCCACCGCUGUCGCGUUCCAGUUUGCGCAAGUCGGUAAAGACGCCGGCGCGCAAAAGUUCUUGGCGGCGUUGGAUAACGACCCCGUUGUGGGCAAGAUGAUUGAUUGCACGUCUUACUUUGAGCUCGAGCAGCAGGAGAUGGCGAAGAAGGGUGUUAGCCUGACCCCGGGAAUGUGGUUGGUCAAGUUGAUGGUUGGGGCCGUGGAUAACACUUAUGACGAGACAGAUUAGGUUGGGCUAUUCAAAUGGGUUGGGCUAGUAGGGAUUUUGGCAGGGAACGUGAUGUGUAGCGGCGUCAUGGAAUGGUACAAGCAAGGUACAGGAGAAUUGUGUAUCUAUCAUCUUGAAUGGGUCAUGAUUUGGUUUUGAUUUGCAUUAGAUGAAAGUUGUCCGCUGUGAGAGAUCGCGUGAGCUAAUGGGCUGCGCCACCUGUCAGAGCACAUUGAUGUGGCCGACAUCCUGCGAAUAACUUGACGGCUGGACAAGUGGAAAGUUCCAAGUACGGACUGCGUGACUUUCAUUACUACAGUAGCUCUGGUGCUCUUUGGGAUACAGAACUGCCACUUCACAUGCAGACACCGUACGAGACGAAACGAGAAAGAUAAUAUCGAAACCGUUCUAUGCCUUUCACACAACAGUGGGAACAGUCAUUAUAUACGCCGUUUUUCUUCGAAUG